GGCACAGAUGGGGUCUUCAGCAUCACUUUGAGGAGUAGGGGGUGAGAUAUUUGGCCAUGGCUGACUACCUGCUGCUGGUUUUUCUCUUUUCCUUCAGUGCCUCUCUUCAGAUGCCCGGUAAUGGAGUAUUUUCACUCUACAAUGAAGACAGCAAGCUCUGUGCUGAAGCUCAGAACUCCAGCUCAGUCAUCACCACCACCUGUGAUGAGCACAACGCGUUUCAGAAGUUCAGAUGGGUCUCUGCUGUACAGCUACUGAGCGUGGCCCUCAAGCUGUGCCUGGGGGUCUUCACCAAGGAGGAGGAGGCUGCCAUUACUUUGGAAUCCUGUAACAGAACCAACGAGCUCCAGUGGUGGGAAUGCAGAAAUGAGAUGCUUACAACCCAUGGCAAGGAUUUAUUCUUCAAUUAUGGCAAAGGAAAGGGGAAGAAAAUCAGACUGUCCAAAGGCUCAGGCAGAGGGAGCAGGUGGAAGAUCCGGGGGACUGGAGAGAGUGUGUGCUCUCAGCGCUAUGAGGAUAUCUUCACGCUGGGGGGAAAUGCCUUCGGUGCUCCUUGCGUCUUCCCUUUCAAGUUCAACGGCCGGUGGCAUGCGGAGUGCCUCCCUCGGGCUGGGGAUGCAGGCUCCCUCUGGUGUGCAACCACUUCAGACUUUGAUAAGGACCAAGUGUUUGGAAGUUGCCCCCUAAAAGACAUCAUCCACAACAAGCUCUGGAAAACCAAUCCUGUGACACAGAACCACUACCAGAUCAAUGCAGGGGCACUUUUGACCUGGCAUCAAGCAAGGAAAAGCUGCCAGCAGCAGAAUGCAGAACUGCUGAGUGUCACAGACCCUCGGGAGGAGAUGUAUCUGUUAGGGCUCACCAGUGACCUGGGUGUCAAUGCCAACCUCUGGAUUGGCCUUUUCAAUGCCCUAGACAGUGGCUGGAGGUGGACAGGGGGCAGUCCCUUCAGAUACCUAAACUGGGCUCCAGGAAGUCCCUCUGUGGAAUCAGUGAAAGUGUGUGGGACCUUCCAAGGCAGGAAUGGCAAAUGGGAGAACCUGGCAUGCAACCGGAAACUGGGCUACAUCUGCCAGAAGAGGAACUCCUCCUGGGAUUCCUCCACCAUUGCCUCAGGUGACUUAAAGCCUGUAAAGUGCCCCAGGGGAUGGGUGGCCUAUGCAGGUCAUUGCUACAGACUUUACAGAACACCCAAAAUAUGGAAAGAAGCCCAAACCUCCUGUAGGAAAGAAGAUGGAGAGCUGGCAAGUAUCCACAAUGUUGAGGAGCAGAGUUUUACAGUCUCCCAGCUUGGCUACAAGCCAGAUGAUAAGCUGUGGAUUGGUCUCAGUGACUUCAGGGUUCCAAUGUACUUUGAAUGGAGUGAUGGAACACCUGUGACUUACACCAAGUGGCACCACAGAGAGCCAGCCCACACAGGGGACAAGGCAGACUGCAUCCUCAUGAAGGGACAGGACGGCUCCUGGGCUGACAGUCCUUGUGAGAUGAAACUGGGUUACCUCUGUAAAAGGAAACCUUUGGCAGGAGAAUCAGGGGCAGGUGAAGUUACCUACCCAGGCUGCCAGAAAGGCUGGGUGAAGCAUGGCUUUUACUGCUACUCCCUGGGGCAGCUACCAGCAACAUUCUCAGAAGCAAAGAAAAUCUGUGAAGAGAACAAAGGUUACCUGGCUACUGUGAGAGACAGAUAUGAACAAGCUUUUUUGACUUCUGUAAUUGGAUUCAAUCCAGCAAAGUAUUUUUGGAUUGGUCUCUCAGACACAGAGGAGCAGGGGACGUUCAGCUGGGCCAAUGGGGAUGUGGUCAUCUUCACUCACUGGAACUUGGGAAUGCCAGGAGGGGAGCCAGGCUGCGUGGCCAUGGUCACAGGAUCCUCAGCUGGGCUGUGGGAUGUCAUGAACUGUGAGGAAACAAACAUGUUUGUCUGCAAGCAGCUGGUGGAGGGAGUGACACCCCCACCUCCUCCAACACUGCCCUCUCUCCCACCAUGCCCAGAGGGAUGGAAAAGUGUUCAUUCAAGCAGCUUCUGCUUCAAGAUUUUUCGGGGAGUGAGGGAGAAAAUGCAAACAUGGUUUGGUGCAAGAGAUUUUUGCAGAGCCAUUGGAGGAGACCUGGCAUGCAUCCACAGUGAAGAAGAGCAAAAGCUCAUAGCUGACUUAGACAGAGAUUAUCUUCACACCUCUUUCUGGAUGGGUUUAAGUGCCUUGGACUCCAGUGGUGGCUUUGUCUGGAGUGAUGGCUCCCCAGUGAAUUUUCAGAAGUGGUCAAGUGGAGAGCCCAACAAUUACGAUGGGAAUGAGAAAUGUGGAGUGUUCAAUGGCUAUGACAACAUGGACUGGAAUGAUCUCUUCUGUGAGCACAUGGGGGACUAUGUCUGCCAAAUAAAAAAAGGAGCACAGCUGAAACCAGAGCCCAAUUCCACCUUCAAUGAUGAAUAUGUUCUUACUGAGGAUGACUGGAUCAUACACAAACACAAGGAGUACUACUUCAGCAAGGAGUCAAUGCCUAUGGAAAAAGCCAGGGACUUUUGCAGGAGGAAUGGUGGUGAUCUUGCUGUCAUUGAGGGGGAAAGUGAAAGAAUUUUCCUCUGGAAAUAUAUCUUCUAUAAAAUCCAGGAUGGUGCCUUCUACAUUGGCUUAAGUGUGAGCCUGGACAGGACCUUCCGGUGGAUGGAUGGAAGUCCAGUGAACUAUGUUGCUUGGGCUCCCAAUGAACCCAACUUUGCAAACAAUGAUGAAAACUGUGUGGUCAUGUACACCCAGACAGGCACGUGGAAUGAUAUCAACUGUGGCAGAGUUGAGUCAUUCAUCUGUGAAAGGCUCAACGCUACAGUCAGGCCAACUGCUGUUCCCACUUCAGCACCACCGAAGGGUGGCUGUCCUGAAGACUGGCUCCUCUUGGAUAACAAGUGUUUCAAGCUGUUUGGCCUUACUGACAACGACACCUUGACGUGGCAUGCUGCCAGGAAUGAGUGCAUUAGUCUUGGAGGGAACCUGGCUACCAUCUCCAGGGAGGAAACACAAGCCUCGCUGAUGGCGCUGCUGCGCCGGGCCGCCACGGACGCCUGGAUCGGGCUGAACGACAUCAACUGGGAGCACAGCUUCCUGUGGACGGACGGCAGCCCUGUCCACUACACCAACUGGGCCAAAGGCUCCCGCACCUACUACAGCCACGGUGACUGUGUCUCUCUGAUAAAGAACCCCAUUGAACAGGCAGGGAAAUGGAAAGAUGAAGAGUGCAAAACAAGCAGGAGCUACAUAUGCCAGAAAAAAUCUGACCCCGGGCUGCCCAGCUCCCCAGCCCCGGCGCCGCUGUUCGGCUUCAACAGUUACGGCAACGAGCGCUACGCGGUCGUCAGCUACAAAAUGUCCUGGCAAGAGGCAGAGAGGAACUGCAGGCAGCAAUUUGCAGAGCUUGCCAGCGUGCUGGAUCCUUAUGCUGGAGCUUACCUCUGGCUGCAACUCCUAAAGCAUGGGGAACCUGCCUGGAUUGGUCUCAGCAGCAACACGUCUCCUGGUCAUUAUGCAUGGUCAGACAGGAGGAGGAGCAGGUACUACAACUGGGCCAGUGGGGAGCCAAACAAGAACACAGCCUGUGUCUACUUAGAUCUGGAUGGGUUUUGGAAGACAGCCUCUUGCAAUGAGAGCUUUUUCUCUCUCUGUAAGCAAUCUGAUGAGUUAAUCCCUACUGAGCUACCUCAGCUGCCUGGCAAGUGUCCUGAACCGAAGCGCGGCAGAGCUUGGGUUCCCUUCCGUGGUCACUGCUACUACGUGCACACCACCUCUGAGGAAAGCUGGCCUGAUGCUUCCAUGACCUGCAUCCAGAUGGGUGCCUCUCUGGUCUCCAUAGAAGACUCUGCUGAGAUGAACUUUCUCCUCAUUUAUUUGUCUACACUUUCAAAUGACUUCAGGAAAUUUUGGAUAGGACUCUUCCAAAACUUUGAUGGGGAGUGGCUGUGGACAGACAGGAGUGAGAUAGAGUUUGUCAACUGGGAGAAAGGGCAGCCUACAACCAUCUUUAAUGAGCACUGUGUAGACAUGGAUGUCUCAAGUGGAACCUGGAGGAAUUACUUCUGCUCUGUUGACCAGAAUUUCAUUUGCAAGAUCCCCAAAAUUGUGGAAGAGGAGCCAAGCCACGACUCCCAUGCCAAUAAAGCAUCCCAACAGGACGCUGCUGCUUCGUCUGCGAACAGCCUGGGAGGGAUGAUUGUGAUCCUGCUGUUCCUGCUGCUCACCGGCACGGGGCUGACCUUCUACUUCUUCUACAAGCGGAGGCGGGACCGACAAAGGCCCGGCGGCUUCGACAAUGCCAUCUACCGCGGCGGCUCUGACCUGGGCACGCAGGAAUCCAACUGCCUGGUGACCAACAUCGAGGAAAACGAGCGGGCCACAGUUUAACCUGCAGGGUGAUGCCGAGCCUGGCUUCGGGAGGAGCUGGAGCAGUGGCAUGCAAGAACUCUGCUGCCACGGCAGUUUUCUCCUCUGGACAUUCCUGUUAGCUUUGCAUAGGAUGCUUCUUGCUCUCUGUAGCAGCAGGAGCAAGCAGUCUUGCAAGGCAGGGCCGGAGGUCUGUUCACAGGCUGUAGGACCUGGGAGGAGUGUUGAGCAUUAGCUGUAGAGCUGGAGCUAGGCUGUGUAAGGGAACUCUCUGGGAGUUCCAGUCUCUGCAGGGUCCAGCAUCACUGGGCCAGUUUAGGCACAAGGAGAGCUAUGAGAAUGCUGUAAGCUUAGCCUGCUCCAUAAAGCAUAUCCAGAUCUGUACAUAUCCUGAAUCUUCUACCCUGAUCUCCAGCACCGACUGUCAGAACUGCACAGCUUGGAUGGGACCUCCAGGCUCCGCUGGCACAGGUCUCUCUGAGGCAG